CUUUGAUGGUCCAUGAUGAUCAUCCACAGCCGGUUGCCAAGGUUCUGCAUUUCAUGGAUUUUCUUGAAGAUCUCUAUAAAAUAAAAACCAUAAUAACUUGUGGUACCAACUUGUCUAUAUCACCUCACAAACAUUUAUAAAUAAUAAUUUAAUUCAUCAGGUACACAAAGUGUUACUCUGGAGUAUACACCCACACACAUGUAAUUCAAGAUAAUAUGUCAUAUAUAUUAAGAAUGGAACUGUAUAGCAAAAGUGCUUUUGGUCUAAUGCAGGUAUCAUCAGUAAAGUUGCUAUCAAAGAUAAAAAUGGGUUCUCUUCUUGAGGUGGUUAUACUGUGCUUCCUCGAAAAUAAGACAGUGUCUUAUAUUAAUUUUUGCUCCCAGAGAUGCGCUAGGUCUUAUUUUCAGGGGAUGUCUUAUUUUUCCAUGAAGAAGAAUUCAAAUUUAUUGUUGAACAGAAAAUGAACAUUUAUUAUAUACUGUACAGUAGUUGUCAUCACAAACCAGCAUAACCAAACAAACUGUGAAUCCUAUCAAGCAUUUCUUGUUACUACCAUUAUUUCCAUGUAUAACAAUCUAUGGUACGAAUAUUUACCAUUCCUGCAUGUUCUGGUGUUCUGUUCGGCAGGCAUGCUUCCAAACAAAAACUUUGUUAGGUCUUAAUUUCGGGGGAGGCCUUACAUUUAGCAAUUCAGCAAAACUUCUACUAGUUUCAGGGGAUGUCUUAUUUUUGGGGAAACAGGGUAAUUAAUGUACCAUUAUUUAUUUUUAAUAAUAAAAAACUAAAAAUGAGGCAGUGAGGUUAUUUGUCUGAUACUGGGACAAGCAUUUACCUUUAAUACAUAUUCACACAAAUACGUCUCCAUUUCCUGGUAGAGUUCUGAGGAAAGCCAAUUACAGUAAUUCACAAAUUAUUAUUGGUAGUGAAACAUUAGCCAUCAUAAUAGGUCAAACUGAUUUUUGAAACCAGAUAAAGGGAUUGCAUAAAAACACUUGAAAGAAGCAGGAAGCUAGUAUAUGCUAUUGUUGAUGUUCCUUUGUUUCUCUCUAACCUUGGCCCUGCAUUUGUGUUCACCCUGGCAGUGUUUACUCAAGGCGUUUUUGCACAUGCUACUCCUGCUAUGAAGUCAGUUUAUUUGUCACGUCACAGGAGUUAUACAGCAAAUAUUUACUUACUAGAAGUUUUAAUGCACAAAACAUCAAUUUGUUUUUGUGCCUCUGAAGGGAUACAACUGGAGAAAGAGGAGCACUGACACCUGAAGAACUCUGCACAGAAACAUCAAAGGCAUUGACUUUUACCCGUGAUAUAAAUAAUCGAGGCACUAGGUUGCUUGGAAGAGUUUUGAGGGUAAAAGAGUAAUGAUUUACAUGGAUUCAGAUGGGAUUACUCUUCUGUAAAGAAUCUCGCAGUGAAAUGGAACAGGACUGGAACCUGCCUUCUAACCUGUAUCAAAAUAAAUUUGAGCAAAAGUCAGAGAAAAUUGGAAGCCUGUCUUUUCCUCGGAAAUUUGAGAACCAGGACUUUGUUUACUUGACAGACUAUUGCUUGAAGCAUGGCAUACUUUUUGAAGAUGAUACGUUCCCUGCACAUUACAGUUCUAUUGGGCCUAAAGUCCUCCCAGAAGACAAGUUGCGCCGAAUAAAGUGGCUGAGACCAAUUGAUAUAAUGAGGUACCCCCGUUUAUUUGUGGAUGGUGUGAACAGAGCUGAUAUUCUUCAAGGACAAAUUGGUGAUUGUUGGGUCCUAGCAGCCCUGGGUUCUUUGACCCGGCAACAGCGGUUCCUGAAAAAUGUUAUUCCAAAAGACCAAGGAUUCGAAGACAGCUAUGCAGGGAUUUUCCAUUUUCGGUUCUGGCAGUUUGGAGACUGGGUGGACGUGGUGAUAGAUGACCGACUUCCUUUUCUUGAUGACAAUUUCUUAUUUGUCCAUCCUCGCAGCAAAAAUGAAUUUUGGCCACCCUUGCUUGAAAAGGCCUAUGCCAAAUUGCGUGGUUCCUAUACAAAUUUGGACCAGGGUUACCUUACAGAAGCUUUGGUGGACUUCACUGGUGGAGUUGAGAUGCCUUUUAACCUUAAGAACCCUCCUGAUUCUCUAUUUGAGAUGCUAAAAACAGCUGCAGAGUCCGGCUGCCUUAUGGGAUGCACCACUCCUAAAGGAAAGUUUCCAGGAAAUAUACAAUUGGAGAAUGGGAUUGUGCAGCUUCAUGCUUACACUGUCAUAUGGGCAACAGAGGUACCCUAUAUGGAUGGGAAGGAACGUUUAGUCAGACUUUGGAAUCCGUAUGGUAAUACAGAAUGGAAAGGCGCUUGGAGUGAUCGUUCUGUGGAGUGGCAGCACGUUCCAAUACCGUACAGGAAAAAACUCUAUGAGGAUAAGGAUGAUGGCGAGUUUUGGAUAUCUUAUAAAGAUUUCAGAGACAACUUUUCAUUCCUGAUUAUUUGCAACGAUGUGCCAACAUGCCUGGACUCUGGAGAACAGAGGAACACUACUUGGUCUGUGGAUAAGCAUGUCAACAAAUUUUCAGGAGCCUCUCUAGGAAACAGUUAUUAUGAAGAUAUCCUUUCCAGAAAUCCUCAGUAUUUCAUCCAGGUCCCAGAGCCUGAAAUGAAGAACUACAAUCUUGUAGUAGCACUUUCACAGGAUCCUAGAAAUGAUACGGACAGGGUACACAUUGGCUUUGUAAUUGUUAGGAUCACGUCAGAGGUAAGUUAUUUGUUUUCAUUUUCUUUUAUCAAAUUUUGGCCAUUUCUUAUGAGUGCAGGUUUUAAUACAAACUAGCAGUCACUUUUCCUAAGAUUAUAACAUAAGCCUUUGGCUUCUAAUUGUUCAUGUAAAUGACAUCUUGGCUAGGUUUUUUUCAUGUGUAGUCCAAUUAUAGCUUUAAAAAAUCAGCAGAAUGGAUUAGGGCUAUGUCUUCCCUUUCACCAUGGCGGUUGGCUGGAGAGUGUCUCUGUUUUGUGAACAUUUUUGUUGAUAUCAGCAAAACUAUCUACAGACAGACAGGAGCUCUUUGGAACUCUCCAGAUAGCUGCCAGAUAGUUCCAGACAGCUGGAAAUGAUAGGACAGGUAAGGAUGACAGACCAGUGGGACUGAAAUGGUUUUGGCCUAUCCGGAUUCCCCCUCCCUACCACUGCCAUUGCCCAGGGUGGAGUUUCUGAACAGCCCCAUGGCACCUGGGGCCAGUCCCGAGCAUUUCAGCUCCAGACUGUCCCCAGAUUUUGGUAUGGAUCUAGAUGAGACCUCUGUCCUUUUUCUAUAUCCCUUUCCUAAUGAUGUGUUUUAGCUGCAUUGUGCCCUUACCUCGAGCCUCGAAGAGAGGCUGGUAAAAAUUAUUAAGAAUAAGAAUAAGAAAAUAUUUAUAAUCAGAUCAGAGAAUAUAAAGAGUUUACUAGGUAGGAAUCCAAAUUUAACCAUUUUUCUUUUAUUUUUGUAAGCUUCUUGGAGUUCCAGAACUUUGGAAAAAAUUGGGAUAUAAAUCAGGCAUGGGCAAACUUCGACCCUCCAGGUGUUUUGGACGUCAACUCCCACAACUCUUUGUGACCGCAUCUCCCCCAUUUGCCCACAAAAUCCCAAACAUAUAAAUUUAGUUAGUGGACUUUACUGGAGGGAAAGUGAAACAUAAUUUUGUGUAUUAGUAUAUUACUGCCAAAUAUCAAUGCAGUAGUCUAAAAGAACAGAUUUUUAUUUCCGGCAACAGUUAUACAAAUUAAAUCAUAUUAUAAAGACAUAAGGUGACCAGUUAAAAAUUUUCCUAUUAUAAUAACAUUCUAAGUGUCCAGGUCAAAAGAAACACAUGAAAGGUGUGAUUACUUUCAAAGAGGCUAUUUCCAUCUAGGUUUGAUGAAUUUUUAAUGCAUUAUAUUUUUAAAAAUUCAGACACCUCUUACAUUCCCCUUUAAAAUUCAACUCCUUUAUAUCGUUUCAAGAUAACAGUUUAUAUUCUCUUUUUUCCUCUUCAAAAAAGGCAUGGCUCAUAAAUUAUUGUGCCACUGUGUGUAACCAUUCUAAAUGGGAUUUAUACACUCCAGUGUAUUUGUAAGAAUAUGUUUAGUCAGGGUUUUUUAUUAUGCUGUCUUUACAUGUCAUCACCAUAAUAGCUGUUGCAUUUUAUUUAUUGUUAUAUCUUGAUGAAAAUAUUGGAACAGCAACAAAUGAGGUGGGCUAUGUUACUUUCUAAUGGUAAUGGAUGUAAGGUUCUCUGUGUUCAAGAAAGUAUAAAGAUGUAAAUAGAAUCUUCAAAUGAUUUCCGAACAAUCUUGGUGACAAUCCCGAGCCUUUUGUGGAUUACAUACAAUACAAUCCUAUGUAUAUCUACAUGGAAGUAAGUCCUAGCAUGUUCAACUCAUUUUUUUCUUCCAGGUUAACACGUGUGGGACUCUGCUAUAGCAUUCUUUUAUGGGGCUUUAAACUCCAUACAAUGACUAGUUCAGUGUUUAUUUCAGGAUGACAAAGAGGUAGCCACACAAAAGACUGUAAAUACUUACUUUUUCCAUUUCAAAUUCUGAUGUCCUAUGGAUAAAUAAAUUGGAUGAGGAUGCUCUUCAUGGUUAAUUAUUUCAGCUUGGCUGAUCAUUUCCUCUUGGUUGCAUCUUAGGGCAAAACCAUACUUAACUCUACUAGGCUUCAGCCACAGCGAGAUGUUGUUAAUUGCUUUUACUUGAGCCCUGGGACUUACAUCAUUAUUCCAACUACAACACAAGAAGGUGAAGGGACCGAGUUCCUCCUACGAACCUUUCUAAAGAGUCAGAACAACUUCAGUUUUGAUCCCGUUCCUAGAGAAGGAAAAAGCGAAUUCCCUCUGGCAGUGACAAAGGAUCUACACAAGUGGAAUCAAGAUAACUCCUACAAAACCAUCUUCCUAAAAUAUGCUAAUCAGAGCUCAUUCCUCGAUGCUUCACAGUUACAAAGAAUUCUCAAUGAAGUACUCCUGAAAGAUCUAAUGGCC